AUGGCUGCUCCCGCUCCUGCUCCGGCCAAGUCGGCGAUCGACCAGAAUGAUGUCGAAGAUUGGAAGAACCAAUUCAACGCGGCCUUGGCCGAUACCAGCAAGCUCACGGCCCCUUCUCCCGCCGGAGCCCGCCCGUGGAACUCCUCGUUCUUCGGUUGCCUCAAUCCUAUCGAUACGUGUGCGAUCACCUGCUGUCUCCCUUGCGUUACCUUCGGGAAGGUCCAUCAUCGUGUUCGGAAGGACCCUAGUAUGCAAGGUUAUGAAGCCAUCAACACCUCUUGCAUCGGUUACUGCCUGAGCAGCUUCGUCGCCCUCCACUGGGUGAUGGCGGCGCUUCAGCGAUCCGGUAUUCGGCAGAAGUACAACUUAGAGGGCGCCUGUUUGACCGACAUUGCUGCGGCAUGCUGCUGCGGCUGCUGUGACAUUAUCCAGCAGGAUAAGGAGACCGAGCUGCGCGAGAAGGAGGGUGCUUCUCAGUACUCGAACAAGGAGAACACGAUGACCUAUCCUUCUAGUUGA